AUGCCUAAAUUGAUAGUCGGAAUGAUGGGCAGUUCGGUGGCUCACGGGAGCGGGUCAUUGGCGACCAAGGCGCAAGUGGAAUCCUUUCUUGCGGCAGUCAAGCGACACGGAGUGCGCGAACUGGACACGGCACGAGUGUACAAUGGAGGACGAUCAGAGGAGCUUCUGGGGGAGGUUGGGGCGGGCAAUAAUGGAUUCGUCAUCUCGACCAAAGCACCCGGUUUUGCGGCUCAGUCAUUGAAGGAAGAGCGGAUCCUCGACAAUUGCAAGAAGUCGCUUGCGGCGUUAAAGCAGGACAAAGUCGAUAUCUACUAUUUGCAUGGACCAGACCGAACAGUUCCGCUGGAGGAGCAAUGUCGCGCCAUCGACGCCCUGUAUCGUCAGGGCAAGUUUGAUCGGUUCGGAGUGUCCAACCUGGCUGACGAUGAGGUUCGUCGUAUUCAUGCCAUCUGCUCCCAGAACCGCUAUAUCUUGCCCUCGGUCUAUCAGGGCGUCUACAACCCCAUUGCACGCGGGGCCCAGACUACAUUGUUCCCCUUGCUCAGGUCUCUCAACAUGGUCUUCUACGCCUUCUCCCCUCUGGCCGGUGGCUUGCUUGCAAAGUCGCUUGCUGAUAUCACCUCUCCACCAGAGGGGUCUCGGUUCCAUGAGAUGAAGGUUUUUGGUGACAUUUAUCUCCGGCCAGACGUCCUUGCUGCCUUGGCCAACGUUCAAAAGUCGGUUGAUGCUGAAAAUAUCACUCUACUCGAAGCCACGUUGCGCUGGUUCAUGCAUCAUGCUCCUCUGCGUCAACAGGACGGCGUCAUCUUAGGCGCUUCCACUGAGGACCAGAUCAAUCGCACCUUGUCCGCCUGCGAAGGGCCUCCUUUGUCUCGGGCGCUACAGGAUGCUUGGGAGGGUUUAGAGCAAGCCCUCAAGCAUGAUCCUUUACAAUAUCAUAGUUGA